UCUUGGCACUGACCAUUGUUCUGUCUUCACUCUGCUUCGUCUCUCAUUUGCUACAAUUCCCUAACAUCCAAAUCAGUGUUCAACUUUUCACUUCUCUUCCUCAAUUUUCUUUCUCUCUGUUGUUUUUCCACACUUUCCCCCACAAAGUCACAAGCUUGGUAAGGAUUAAGGAGUGUUUGGUUUGAGGGGUUUCUUGAAAACAAAAAACAUGGUUUUGGUUUCUCUGUUUGCUCAGAAAACUGGGGAUUUUGAGCACUCAUGGAGAAUUCCAGGUUUGGUGCUUUUUUGAGGAGUAGAAGAAUGGAUAGCUUUUUUAGCACAAGUUCUGAGAAGAGGGUGGUAGAUAAUCCAAACGUUUCAAUAAAAGAUGAAUCUGAAAGAGGGUCUAAGAUGGGUGUUUUUGUUGAUGAUGAUGAUGGAUGGGUUCCUGUGAUCAUAUCUUGGAUCAGAAUUGUGACUUGUUUUGUUUCUAUGAUGAUCACAACAUUUAUCUGGGCAUUGAUCAUGCUUGUGCUUAUACCAUGGCCCUAUGAGAGGAUUAGGCAAGGAAACAUAUAUGGCCAUGUGACUGGCAGAAUGCUGAUGUGGAUUCUUGGGAAUCCUAUAAAAAUUGAAGGUGCUGAGUACUCCAACAAGAAGGCCAUUUACAUCAGCAACCAUGCAUCUCCAAUUGACAUAUUUCUGAUAAUGUGGUUGACUCCUACAGGUACUGUAGGUAUUGCAAAGAAAGAGAUCAUAUGGUAUCCUCUAUUUGGCCAACUUUAUGUUUUGGCCAAUCAUCUUCGUAUAGAUCGGUCCAAUCCAAUGGCAGCAAUUGAGUCCAUGAAAAAGGCAGCUCAUGCAGUUGUGAAGAACAAUCUGUCACUGAUAAUUUUCCCAGAGGGCACAAGGUCUAAAAAUGGACGACUUCUACCUUUCAAAAAAGGUUUUGUUCAUUUGGCUCUGCAAACCGGUCUUCCAAUUGUUCCAAUGGUGCUAACAGGUACUCAUCUGGCAUGGAGAAAAGGUAGCUUGCAUGUCAGACCAGCACCACUUACUGUCAAGUAUCUUCCUCCUAUAACCACUCAAAAUUGGACACUUUCCAACAUUGAUGACUAUGUUAAAAUGUUACAUAAUUUGUAUGCACAAAACCUUCCCAAAUCUCAGACACCUCUGCCUUCAAAGACUGAGUGAUUCCAUAUUCUUAGUUGAGUUAGUCAUGAAUCUAGAUUCUUUACUGAAUUUUUAUGUACCGUUCUUCUAUUGUAUUUUCAGAAUACACGAAUGAUUACUAAUUUU